UGGAUGUGGUAUUGUUAUGUGUGUAUGUAUGUGUAUGAUUGUGAGAGGCAGGAGGGGGCAAUUGCUUCAAGUCCGGGUACUGAGGGACUUGGGUUACUCACGGGGCCAGCACCCACUGUGGCUGGAGGGAGGGUGGCUGCAGCGGGGAAGGUACCCAAAGAGCAGCAGCAGUACAGAAAGCACAGCAAGGGGAAGCUGCACUGUGGGAGCGAGGAGGAGCAGGGCACAGGGAGGAACACACAGGGUGCCAGGCCUAGCCUUGUCUGACACUGCCUGAGGUCUUUGAGGGAACGCACAGGGUGAGGUCUGGGGAGAACACUGAUUGUUGUGUUAGUUGGGCUUACAUAUUAGUUAUGGUCUGGGAAAUACACAGUGACCCAGUUAGGCUAUUCUCUUUAGGGAAGGCACAAACUGACCCACAUAGGUUGUUAAGUGGUGGGGGACACUCACUGACCUACAAAGGCUGUUAACUGGAGGGAACACUCACUGACACACACAGGCUGUUAACUGGAGGAGAACACAGUGACACACACAGGCUGUUAACUGGAGGAGAACACAGUGACACACACAGGCUGUUAACUGGAGGGAACACUCACUGACACACACAGGCUGUUAACUGGAGGGGAACACUCACUGACACACACAGGCUGUUAACUGGAGGGAACACUCACUGACACACACAGGCUGUUAACUGGAGGAGAACACAGUGACACACACAGGCUGUUAACUGAAGGAGAACACUCACUGACACACACAGGCUGUUAACUGGAGGGGAACACUCACUGACACACACAGGCUGUUAACUGGAGGGGAACACUCACUGACACACACAGGCUGUUAACUGGAGGGGAACACUCACUGACACACACAGGCUGUUAACUGGAGGAGAACAUUCACUGACACACACAGGCUGUUAACUGGAGGGGAACACUCACUGACACACACAGGCUGUUAACUGGAGGGGAACACUCACUGACACACACAGGCUGUUAACUGGAGGAGAACAUUCACUGACACACACAGGCUGUUAACUGGAGGGGAACACAGUGACACACACAGGCUGUUACCUGGAGGGGAACACUCACUGACACACACAGGCUGUUAACUGGAGGGGAACACUCACUGACACACACAGGCUGUUAACUGAAGGAGAACACUCACUGACACACACAGGCUGUUAACUGGAGGGGAACACUCACUGACACACACAGGCUGUUAACUGGAGGGGAACACUCACUGACACACACAGGCUGUUAACUGAAGGAGAACACUCACUGACACACACAGGCUGUUAACUGGAGGGGAACACUCACUGACACACACAGGCUGUUAACUGGAGGGGAACACUCACUGACACACACAGGCUGUUAACUGGAGGGGAACACUCACUGACACACACAGGCUGUUAACUGGAGGGGAACACUCACUGACACACACAGGCUGUUAACUGGAGGGGAACAUUCACUGACACACACAGGCUGUUAACUGGAGGAGAACACAGUGACACACACAGGCUGUUACCUGGAGGGGAACACUCACUGACCUACAAAAGCUGUUAACUGAAGGAGAACACUCACUGACACACACAGGCUGUUAACUGAAGCAGAACACUCACUGACACACACAGGCUGUUAACUGAAGGAGAACACUCACUGACACACACAGGCUGUUAACUGAAGGAGAACACUCACUGACACACACAGGCUGUUAACUGAAGGAGAACACUCACUGACACACACAGGCUGUUAACUGAAGGAGAACACUCACUGACACACACAGGCUGUUUACUGGAGGGGAACACUCACUUACAUAGGCUGUUUACUGGAGGGGAACACUCACUUACACAGGCUGUUAACUGGAGGGGAACAUUCACUGACACACACAGGCUGUUAACUGGAGGGGAACACUCACUUACUUACAUAGGCUGUUUACUGGAGGGGAACAUACUGACCCAUGUAGGCUGUUGAGGGGAACAUACAUUGAAUCACAUAAGUUAUCUUUGGAAAGUGUAGACACUGUCCCACAUUGGGCUUACCCACAUAUGCUAUUAUCGUGAGGGGGAACUCAAACUGACCCAAUAAGCUGACAUCUGGUUAAUAUUUAUGCAAGACAAGUUCUCUGGGGAACACACAUUGACACAAACUCUGAAAUCUUAAAGAUACAGGCUGAAGUUCUAACAAGUUAUACUUUUAUAGCCCAUCUAUAGGGACUUCUUGAGGAGCCCUCAAAAGUUGAAAUCAAUUUAGCACAUUGUCAUAUACACACAGUCUGGGAUCUGUAGGAACACACACUGGUAUGGACACAUACUGGGAUAACCCAGGCAAACACUUUCUGAGAUCUUGAAUGCUAACUGACACAUUCUGUAAUCUCAGAGAAUGGGAUAUGCUUGUGUGGCAGUUAGAUAAAUUGUUUUUGUCUAUAUGUUGAACUCCUGGUUGCCACACACCCCCAGUAACAGAGUGUGCCCUUAUCCUCCCCAGUGGCUUUACAGGGUGGGCUUCAAGGUCAGCAGUGUUUUGCUAUUGGAUAUUAAACAGGAACAAAUGUGACUGAGGAAGUACUUAAUAUCACAGGUUGUGAUCAUGGUGACACCGAGCCACGUGCGGAUAAGAUCGGCAACAACAGAGCUCAGGAGUGGGCGCAGCUGAGACACUGCGGGGCCCGGUGGGAGAUGUCUGGAAAAGGACUGGGGGCUGCGCGUCGCAGAAGGACGCGCUGCCGUAGAUGUGAGGCCUGUGUGCGCACCGAGUGUGGCGAGUGUCACUUCUGCAAGGACAUGAAGAAAUUUGGGGGCCCCGGACGCAUGAAACAGUCCUGUUUGAAGAGGCAGUGUACAGCGCCUGUACUUCCACACACAGCAGUUUGUCUCCUUUGUGGGGAAGCUGGGAAAGAGGACACCGUGCAAGAUGAGGACCAGAAGUUUAACCUGUCACUUAUGGAAUGUACCAUCUGCAAUGAGAUUGUGCACCCUGGCUGCUUUAAGAUGGGAAAAGCUGAUGCAGUGAUAAACAAUGAGAUCCCUAACUGCUGGGAAUGUCCGAGAUGCAAGCGAGAAGGUCGGACAAGCAAGGACUCAGUGGAUAAUUCAGGGAAACGUCGUUUGGACAAUGGAGAAGAUGCAGUACGGUGGAAACUGACAGACGAUCCGACCCCUGGUAGGAAGAAGCCCAUUGAUGAGAACCAGGGACAUAAAAGGAAGAAAGAGAAGGAGCCACCAACUGAAUCUAUGGUCAAGAAAAAGGUGAAGGCAGAAAAAGACAAGAAAAUCAAAAAGAAGGAUCCUCAGGUCCCAGUAGAACCGACUCCUCCAACUGACCGUUCUCACCAGAGGGAGAAGAUCGAGCGUUUCAAGCAAAUGUGCCAGAUGCUGGAGAGGGCACGGAGCAGCACUUCCAGCUCUAGUUCCGAUUCAGACUCUGAUUCCGAUUCCAAGGGCUCUCGUGGCAGCAGUGAUACUGGGGAGGGGGGAGGGCGAGAAAGCCGGGAGUCACGGAUCAGCUUUAGUACCAGCUCAGAAGAGGAGGAAGAUGGUGGGGGGACAGGGGCAGCUGGAGAUGGACGUAAUGGAGCCAGGAAUGGAAAGCCGAAAUCAAACAAGGGCAACUGGAAAGAAAAGGAAAACCGGAGAGGGGGUGUUACAGGGAGUCGGAAGGUUGCUGGAGGCAAGAAUGUAGGACAGACUGUGCCUCAUAGCCAACUCUUGAAGAGGCCUCUAGUUCCCUCUCCACCCAAGCCAAUCCCCCCUCAGCUGGAAAGACAUGUUGUACGCCCCCCUCCCCACAGCCCAGAGCCUGACUCCCUACCCCUUGACAGUGGGGUGGACCAUGUGAUGCAAAGGGGUGUCUGGCUCUCUGUGUUCAGGCAUUUAGGACAAAAGGAGCUUUGCAUCUGUAUGCGGGUGUGCCGAACCUGGAAUCGCUGGUGCUGUGAUCGACGCCUGUGGACGUCAAUUGACUUAAGCCGACGGAAAUCAAUUACGCCGCCAAUGCUGAGUGGUAUAGUUCGCCGGCAGCCAGUCAGGCUAGACCUCAGCUGGACCAACAUAUCAGAGAAGCAGCUCACUUGGCUAAUCCUCCGGUUGCAGGGUCUCAAAGAGCUUUUAGUUGCUGGAUGUACGUGGGGUGCGGUGUCCUCUCUCUGCACAGCCUCUUUUCCUUCCAUGUCUGUUCUGGACCUGGGCUGGGUCCAGGGAAUGAAAACAUCCCACCUCCGGGAGCUGCUCUCCGCCCCAUCAUCUGACUGCAAGACAGGUAUCUCUGAUCCUCGUGGGCGACUUCCCUCCCUCUCUGACUUGCGCCUUUGUGGUCUGGAACUGAGCGACCCUGCACUGCGUCUAGUACUCCGCCACACUCCUCGUCUCCAUCACCUGGACCUGAGUCACUGCGUGCAACUGAGUGACCAUGGCAUCCACUUACUGACCGCAGCCACCUCUCCCCUGAGGGACAGCCUAACUCACCUCAACCUCACGGGGUGUCACCGCCUGACAGACCAAUCCCUGGCCUUCUUCAAGCGAUGCCCCCGCUUGCAACACGUGGACCUACGCUCCUGCCGCCUGCUCACCCAGGAAGGUUUUCAGCGUCUGCUCCAGGAUCCCCCGUCUGAACCUGAUGGGAAACCUUUCCAUUGUGCAGAAGAGCAGGUGCUAAGCCGGGAAAGCUAGCGGCAGGCGCCACAGCACUACUGCCCCGAAUAAGGGCAACUCUACUGUAUCUGCCUCCCCAACAUGCUUAGGGGCUUUGCCUGGGUGUGGACGGGGAGGGUGCACUGAACUCCUAUUUAACUGUUGAUGUGCUGGGGAGUACAGCGCAAAGCUGUUGGCCUCUCUGGUAUUGACACGGUUAACUAGGGGAGUAACUUCCUACUAGCUCAUCCUGAGUUGGGGUGUGGACGCCCCCUGUAUCUUAAUAUUAAUUAAAGGGUACACAAAGGCAUGACACUCCAGAAAUCAUUGUGGUUCCCAUGCCCUUAGCUUGUUAUGCUUAUGAAUGGUAUGUAGGAUCCUAGCUGCCCUGCUACCCAGAUCCGCUGCCUCAAUCCCGGCGGUAAAGAGAUUGUUACCAGGACAAUGGGUACAAACAGGGCAUCACCACUUAAACCGUGGGCUCCCUUUAGGGAAUAUCCUCGGUAUUUAUGCACUACAACACUGUUCCAUGAGUAUUAAAUGGUGAAUGUAAAAUGCGCAGUGUAAAAAAUGGACAAAAGCUGCGCAAUCUGCAUAGCGAGGUAUUGCGCUACAGGUGUUUAGUGUUAAAGAGCUGUCUGAGGGCAGCUGGGAAACCUCUACCGGUACUGCACUGCAGGGAUCUGGAGCCGGUAACGCAUCCUCUGGAGCUUGGGAAUGUAUCGCAGAGCGAUUAUUCUCCAGCUCCUCUCAACUUAAAUCCCCUAAAAUAUCCUCAUGCUGCUGGAACGGGUGACGCUGCGUCUCUCUUGGCUGGACUGUGAAGUUCUUCUCAUCCCACCCCACCAAAUAUCAGGUUCUCUGGACACUCCAAGGAGAUGCUCUGCAGCUUGGUUUAUUCCAUAGGGAGGGUUAAUGCAUUGAAAGUCUUUGGGUAUAUAACUAGGGAAGGUUUUAAAAGCAACUCUGUGCAGCUAUAUAUAUAGGGAGGGGUUGGGUUCCUGAGCUCUGCUGUCAGUCACUUGAAAGACGCGAUACUCUGCAGGUUUGUGUCACUUUGCUUGAUCUGCACAAGGCAGGCACAUAUCACCAAUCUCGGUUAUCUCCUCUUCCCUUUUCACAGCGGGUUAUGACAGUUUCUUGAUUUACAUUCUGCUCUGUUAAUUUGUCUUUUUUUUUUAUUUUAUAUAAACGUGUUUUUUGUAAA